GUGGAUUAUUAAUUAAAAUCUUACGUUAUAAUGUUAUAAUCUAUGUACAAGACCUCUGAUGGCUCGUUAGAAAUAAAUUAUCAGUUUUGUAACGUUGUUAUAGUUCUGUUUACGUAGGGAUUCAUUCUGAUAAUUGAAAUAGAAACUUUUGUAGCUAUGAUAAACAUUUUACAACUGUCAUAUAUCAGUAAAUUUUAAAUAUUCAACUGAUUAAUAUCAUAACCAAGUAUCUAUUGCAUGUUAGUUUUGAUCAGUUUUGAUGGAAAACGUGUGUUUGUGCACUUGUGAGGUUAGAUACCGACAGUGUUUACAAUGAUACUUAGUUUAUUCUGUAGUUAAUAAAUUUGUAUUUUGUCCGUACAUUAAUAACGAUAAAAAUGGAGCAACUGCAGACUGCAUUGACAGCGAUUAAAGUAUUACGUUCUAGUGUAGGUCAAGUUUUCGAUUCUCUUGGAAAUGGAUUACGAGCCGACCAUGGAGAAGAAAAUAAAGAACAUAAAUACUUACACGAAUUGCAAGAACUUCUAACAACGGUCAGCGUUAAUUUAAGAGAUGUUGAACAAGCCGUAAGUAGUUUAAAUCCACCACCAGGACCAUUUAAUCUAGCAAGUACCGCAUACCUUAGUCAAGAGACGACACAAGAAAGACAAGCAUUAUAUGGUAUACUUGUCAAUAGCUACAAAUGGACUGACAAAAUUCACGAAUAUAGUAAUGUUGCUCAAACAUUACUUAGUCAAAAUUCAUUGAAAAGAUCUUACAUUAAUUCUAGUAGAACAAAAAGAGGCAGAGCCCAAACAAGCAAUCAUAAUGUACCUCAACAACAAGUUGAUUCUAUGAUUGCUACUUUUGAUAGACUUUUUAAUGAUAUGACUGUAUCCGUGUCAAGACCAUUCGCAUCGAAUGCAGUAUUACAUGUUACAUUAGGACACGUUUUAAAAGGUGUAGUAGCAUUCAAAGGUUUAAUGAUAGAAUGGGUAGUCGUUAAAGGUUAUGGAGAAACUAUGGAUCUAUGGACAGAGUCCAGACAUAAGGUUUUCAGAAGAGUGACAGAAAAUGCCCAUGCUGCAAUGUUACAUUUUUAUUCACCAGCAUUACCUGAACUAGCUGUUCGAUCAUUUAUGACUUGGUUCCAUAGUUUGAAUAAUUUAUUUAGCGAUCCAUGCAAACGUUGUGGCUUACAUUUACAUAGUGCUUUACCCCCAACAUGGAGAGAUUUUCGAACUUUGGAACCCUAUCAUCAAGAAUGUAAACCAUAAUAAUUUCCAUUAAAGCUCUCUGAAAAAAAAAAGGAUGAUAUUUGUAACAUAUAUUUAAUCCCUUAUUUUGUAAUAUACCUAUGAUAAUAAAGGAAGGAAUAAAUAAAA